GAACAACAGUACUCUCUCCUCUCUGCAGCCAGCCUAGAGUCGUGUCUACUCGUUGUAUCGGUUCGCGCAGGCUAUCCCCUCCCGAACAAAGCACACCGACUAUCAGCAGCCCACCGCGCUGAAACGAUUCCUGAAUACUGGGAAUUACACACCAUACCCACAACUCAACCAAACGACAAGAGCACACAUUUGGCAUCAUGAAGUACCUCGAUCUGUGCGCCCUCCACGAGGUGAAUCUCGCCCUCAACUUCGACACUCAAGACACUGCGAUUAUCGGCGGAUGCGAUCUGUGGACCGUAAAAGCGGCAGGAAGCGACAAGAAACUAUACAAGCGCAUUGAGAAGACGCUCGAGGAGCGGCACAAGGACCUGUUAUCGGCGGUGGCGGGGCUGUCUGAGCAAUCGGCCGCCCAGUUCGCAGACCAGCUCGACAUCUCAAGAGACACUCCGUUUGGCAGUUUCAGCGAAGCCGCUAACCGCCAUACCUUUGCCUACCUCAUCGCGACACUCAAUGCGACGCACAUCGACUACGAUUUCGCGAAUACACUGAACCCUGACGAAUUCCGCCGUGAGACCAUACACAGCUUCAUGCACAGGGUCGACACUACUAUGUACUACCUCCGCCCGCAGGUCUACUCGGCCGGUCUACCUGCAGGUGCCGUUACACCGCUUGGCUCACCAAUAUGGAGUCCACGCAGUUGGCACCUCCUCGACACCGAGAUGGACAUGAACAACUGCGAAUACUACGCUUGGGAGCCAUCAGACGAUCCGUUUGCUGACGACGGUGCGAUAUGGAGCCACCACUUCUUCCUCUAUAACAAAGAGCGCAAGCGAGUUGCGUACUUUUACCUACGUGGCGUAUCCGCUCUCUCCAACUCACCCAGCGUCGCAAUGUCGCUCAUGUCCAAGUUCAAGGCGUCAAAAUACGAAUCGAGCGCCAAUGCGGGCAGCAGGAAGCGUGCCGAAUAUUGGCUCGGUGACCGUGCGCGGAAAGGCCUCGAAGCGUACGGAGACAGUGAUGAACUUGACAACAUGGUCAUUGAUCACCCAGGCGAGGUCGUUGAUGCUGAGCAACAACGUUACCUACCUGUGAGAGAGAUGAGUAUGGACGCCGAGUACUACGAGAGUGACGAAGACAGCGAUGUCGAGUCCCUGGUAGGCAGAGAGCGGGCCGCACAUGUCGGUGAUGAACGAUGGCGAUAA